AUGCCUCCUGAAGCUAGUCCCACUAUCGAGCUAACAAACCAAACAUGUCGCCUAUGCCUGGGAAAUGUAGAUAAACUGAUGCCGUUGGAGUGUUCUCUGACGGCAAACGAGCUCAUCAACGUCAUCUAUGAGUUUCUGAAAAUCGAUUUGGAUGAAAAUUGGCCAUUUCAAAAUGCAUGCCAUAAGUGUAUCAUGAAGAUACGACUGAUUGAAAGCAUACGCUCUAGCUUUGACCAGAAAAAUCGCAUAUUCGACGUGUUAUGGACGCAAUACAAACGUAUAUAUCUACGAAACAGUUCUGUCGCGGCCGCAGACAGCGUGAACGUUGUUGAGGACGAAGCAGGCAAUGUUAACUCCGAUUUCAUCAUUAGUGGAGUACUGGUGGAGAAAACCGAGGUAGAAAUUGUACCACCGGAUGUUUUGCUUAAAUCAGAAGUCGAUCAUUCCGUUACUCUGGUUAAGCAGGAAGACUUCGAAGCGGAAGAACCUGUGAUGGAAGAACUGGUGUACGAGGAAAUGACGCUAGACGAAAACGAACUCGAUGAACAAGAACUCAUAGUAGAAGACAAGGAAAUGUUAGAAGAUGAGCUUGAAGAGGAAAUGAUUGAAGAGCAUAUAGUGGAACAAGAUGACGAGCAGCUGCCCGAUGGGACAGAGGAUGAGAUGGAACUCCCAAUUGACGAAAGUAAUGAAGCUGCAGAUACGGAAGAAACAUUCCAGGACGACGAAGGGUACUUCGACAAAACGCUCAAUCGGUGCUACAUCUGUAUGGAAACGAUGGAAACGCUAGAGCAGCUGCAAAGUCAUUUGGAGAUGUUGCAUAAAAAUUUGUUACCAUUUCAUUGCGACAAAUGCUUGGCAUAUUUCGAUGCCAUCGAGGCGGUAAAUCAGCAUCUCAUAUCUCACCAAUAUCCCUUCGUUUGUUUAUACUGUCCUCAGAAGUAUUGUAGUGAGGCAUUACUUUUAAACCACAACAAAACCUGUCGCGCGCAUCGCUGUCCGUUCUGUAUGGCGGAGUUUGAGAUGAUGACGGAAUUGACCGCUCACAAAAAGCUUCAUAUGGCUCAGAUUCGGGCGAUGAACCAAUGCAAGACCUGCAAGCGAACGUUCACGCAAGCGUGUAACUUACAGCGGCACCUAAGAUCUCAUCCCUGUGGUUCAUCUGAGAUGAGUCCUAGGCGUAAACGUGGUCGAAGAUCUGCAGAAGAUCGUAAGAAUCAGCACAGUGGAUCAGAACACAGUUGGGAUGACCGGAUGAAAAGCCUUCUCGUCUGUCAGGUGUGCAGUAAAAAGUUUGAGAGCAAUUCAAAUCUAGCCCGACAUAUGGACCGAGAGCAUGCCGAGUUCAAUUUCCCCCUGUAUACAUGUGAUAUUUGUCCGAAGAAAUUCACGGCAUAUGAGAAAUGCGUUCGUCAUCGGUCCUUCCAUCGUAGCUCGAAGGCGAAAUCGAAGCCCGACAAGAAGGAGAAGUCCGAAAACGUCUGUACCAUCUGCAACAAGGAGUUUCGCGUUGAUUAUCUAUACCUACGCCAUCUCGCAGAAGUGCAUUCCCUAUCGUUGGAGUUGUUCCAGUGCGAUCAAUGCGGGCGCAAGUUCUCGACGGAGUUGAAGCUGCGAAAGCAUCAAUACAAUAGUCAUCGCGAGAAUAAAACACUGUACGUGUGCUCGCACUGUGGGCAAAAGUUCGAAAAGAAGCUGACCCUGAAAGACCAUGAAACUAAACAUCUUGGGGCACCGGCGUAUAAGUGCGAGAUAUGUGACAAGCGUUUUAUCCACAAACAUAGUCUGGAUCGUCACGCCCUGGUUCAUAGCGAUGUGAAGGAGUUCGCAUGUGAAUUCUGCCAGAAAACGUUCAAGCGUAACACCACGCUAGUGAUUCAUCGACGGAUACACACUGGCGAGAAGCCGUACCUAUGCACACCGUGCGAUCUGCGGUUCAUUGAUUCCAGCACGCUGAUCAAGCAUCGGCAACGGGUCCACGCAAAGGCUGCUGAGUGAAAAAACAGUGGGCUAAAGAAUGCUAUCAA